AUGAGUCGGCAGCUGAACGCCGGAGCCGGAGGUUGCAGCAGGGGCUUCGGCAGCGUCUCUGCGAUUGUUUCCAGUGGGGGCAGAUCCAGCUGCACCUCUCUGAGCCGAGGAAGAAGUAGACACUGUGUCUUUGGCAGCAGAAGUCUCUAUAAUCUAGGCGGGAUUAAAAGCAUUUCCAAUAGCAUGAUUGGUGGAGGCUGGCGGCUCAGCGGUGGCUUUGGUGGUGGCUUUGGCACUAGUGGUGGGGCUGGUGGCUUUGGUGGUGGUGGGUUGUUCGGUGGAGGAAUUGGUGGUGGGAGGAGUAGCCCUGGGUUCCCCAUUUGCCCACCUGGUGGCAUCCAAGAAGUGACCAUCAACCAGAACCUGCUUGUGCCACUCAACCUGGAGAUCGACCCAGAGAUCCAGAAAGUGCGAGUGCAGGAGAGGGAGCAGAUUAAGACCCUCAACAACAAGUUUGCCUCCUUCAUCGACAAGGUCCGAUUCCUGGAGCAACAGAAUAAAGUUCUGGAGACCAAAUGGAACCUGCUGCAGCAGCAGCCCACGACAAAUGCUGGGAACAACCUGGAGCCCGCCUUUGAGGCCUACAUUGGCAGCCUAAGGAAGCAUCUUGAUAGUCUGGUGGGGGAGAGGGGAAGGCAGGACUCAGAACUGAAGAACAUGCAGGAUCUGGUGGAGGACUUGAAGCACAAAUACGAAGAGGAAAUCAACAGGCGCAUGGCAGCGGAGAAUGAGUUUGUGCUGCUGAAGAAGGACUUGGAUGCUGCUUACAUGAAAAAGGUGGAGAUGGAGGCCAAGGUGGCUGCCAUGACAGAUGAGAUCAACUUUCUGAGAGCCCUGUAUGAGACGGAAUUGGCACAAAUACAAAGACAGAUCAGUGACACCAGUGUUAUCUUGUCUAUGGACAACAACCGAGCCCUGGACCUAGAUGGGAUCAUUGCUGAGGUGAAGGCUCACUAUGAAGACAUGGCCAACAGGAGCCGAGCUGAAGCCAACUCCAUGUACCAAGGCAAGUUUCAGGAGCUUCAGGUCACUGCUGGGAAACACGACAAUGAUCUGAAAAACUCCAAGCUGGAGAUCUCGGAGCUGACCCGGCUGAUCCACAGACUGCAGGCUGACCUUGAAAAUGUGAAAAAACAGUGCGCCAAACUGCAGUCGGCUGUUGCCGAGACAGAGGAACGUGGGGAGCUUACCCUGAAGGACGCUAGAGAAAAGCUGGUUGAAUUGGAAAUGGCCCUGCAGAAAGCUAAGGAGGAGACGGCUCGUUUGCUGCGUGAUUACCAGGAGCUCUUGAAUAUCAAGCUGGCCCUGGAUAUUGAGAUUGCCACGUACAAGACGUUGCUGGAGGGAGAAGAAUGCAGGAUGUCUGGAGAGUGUGCCAGUGCUGUGAACAUCUCAGUAGUCAGCAGCAGCUCUGGAGGCGGGAGUGGGAUAAGCUGGGGAGGAGGAGGAGGCGGGCUCAGUGUCGGAGGAGGCGGCUCCAGCUCUGGAAGCGGAAGAGGCAUUGGAGGAUACAGCUAUGGAGGCAGGGGAGGGAGUUCCUGUGUGAAAAUCAUAUCGACGACCUCUUCAAGCAAAAGAACCACCAGAUGCUAA